GUAUAAAGCUCUUGAACUGAAUACCUGGAGUCCUCUCCAGACCUCAGUGCAGGGAUUUUGAACUUGCAGUAGUUCCAGCCUUUUCCCCUCUGUCCGUUUUGAUUCUAUCCCACUUCUGACACCAUGUCUAUUACCGACCUAAACGGCACCUGGAAGUCGGCUGGGAAUGAGAAUCUAGAUGCCUACCUUGAGGCUACAGGGUGCCCUAAGGAGUACUUCGACACCGUAAAAAGCGGCACGCUGACCUACGAGUUCUCGCAGGACGGGGACACCGUGACGUGCAAGGCCAGCUCCACGUCAGCCGGGCCCGACCAGCCGGCACACACCAACACCUUCAAGCUCGGGCAGGAGUACGAGGACGUCGGGAUCGACGGGCAGAAGCGCAAGGCCACUGUGACGUUUGCAGGCGGGAAGCUGACCUACAGCUACCCUGACUUUGACGGGAAGGGGACAAAAGGCACCAUGGUGAAGGAGGUGUCGGGCGGCAAACUCACGGAGACUGUGUCCAUUGGUUCCGUCACGGCCAAGGUCUUCUACACCAAAUAGACGGCCUGACCGCAUCCAAACGCAAAGGACGACAACCUACACAGUAAAGCGGAUUGUGUGGCUUACUCAUUCAGCAAUGAUCAUUUAAUAGUUAUCGCCCAUAAUAGUUGUUUUUGUUCACUUAAAACUAGAUUUACAUUCCGUAUCACAUGUGCUAAGAACACUUGUAUUGCGCUAAUAGAGAGGUCAAGAGGCAUUUUUUUAACUUGAUUAAAUAUAUAUGUGUUGAAUUUGGU